AACGCUUUGUGCGGUUGAUAAGAAUUUUGUUUAGUAUAAAGUUUGUAUAAAUUAUUCUGGUCGCAAGAAAUCGCUGUCAGUGUAUCCGCCGCUGUUGACGCGACCAGCACCUGAAAUUUUCGAAAAUUUUCGCGAUCUCGGCAAGUGUACGAACUAAAAGGGACUACUUCGGACAGUGCCGGUGCCAGGUUGAAAUUUAACAAAAAAAAGAUGCCCCCCAACCAAAACAAUGUCAAUAGCCAAGCGUCCCUUAAAGUGGCGAUUAUUGGCCAGAGCGUGUUCGCGGUGGAUGUUAUGGAAAGAUUGAUACAGCAUGGACACAAGGUCGUCGGAAUAUUUACUAUCCCCGAUAAAGGCAAAAAGGAGGAUCCUUUAGCGAAAGCGGGCGCAGAAAACGAGAUUCCCGUGUUCAAAAUCAAAGCGUGGAGGAGCAAGGGAGUGCCGCUUCCGGCAGUCUUGGACACCUACAAGAGCGUCAACGCCGAUCUGAACAUUCUUCCUUAUUGUUCCCAGUUCAUUCCGAUGGAGGUCAUCAAUUAUCCCAGGCUGAAGAGUAUUUGCUACCAUCCGUCGUUGCUGCCUCGACACAGAGGCGCCAGCUCGAUAAAUUGGACGCUGAUAUGCGGCGACAAAAAGGGCGGUCUGACCAUAUUCUGGGCGGACGACGGCCUCGAUACCGGCCCGAUCCUACUCCAAGAAGAAUGCGACGUGUGGGAAGACGAUACCGUCGACACCCUGUACAAACGAUUUCUGUACCCAGUGGGGGUGUCCGCGUGCGCGAGGGCCGUAGACAUGGUUGCCAAUGGCACCGCACCGAGACAAAUUCAAAGCGAAAAGGGCGCCACCUACGACCCUUUGCUCAACAAACCAGAAUUGCAAAAGAUCGAUUUUACAAAAACCGCCACCGAGCUUCACAACUUCAUAAGAGGCAUGGACUCAGUUCCGGGUGCUAGUUGCCAACUAAAACUAGCAGGCGAAAACGAGUACCAACUCGCGUUGGUAUUCGGGUCGACGGUUUGGAAAUCAGAUCUACCGAUCGGUAAAGAGGUCGACGUUGAAGGUACAACCCCCGGGAUCAUACACGAAGGGGGGUUGUUGCUCAGAGGUUUCGACGGCGAAUACGUCAACGUGAGAAAAGUGAAAAUCGGAGGAAAAAUGAGGAACGCGUCGGCGUUGGAUCAAGCCGCGAAACAGAUAGCGCUCGAAUACACGGCAGAUGAGAAAAUUCAAAUAGAGCAAGUUCGGGAGAUCUGGGAGGCCAUACUCAACAUCGAUAUCGAAGACGACACGGACUUCUUCGCCGCCGGAGCUGGUUCGAUGGACGUAGUAAGGCUCAUCGAGGAAGUAAAGGACGUGUUCAGGACUGAAUUAGAAAACGAUGAUGUGUUCAUGGCGCCGACGUUCUCCGAAUUCGUCUCGAACGUCGUCGAAAAAAGCAGAGGCGCUGGAGGCAACGUCGACAUCGAUUACAGACCGGUGGAGUUGGAAAUAAACCAAAGGAAGGUCCGAUUUCCGUGCCAGCUUUUCGUCGAUGGUAAAUUCGUGGACGCGGAGGGCGGGAAAACCCUUCCGACGAUCAACCCCGCCACCGAGGAGGUGAUAUGCCAGGUGCAGUGCGCCUCCGCCAACGACGUGGACAGGGCUGUGAAGGCGGCCAAAAGGGCGUUCUACGACGGCGAAUGGAGCAAGAUCAGCGCUAGGGAAAGGGGACAGCUGCUGUUCAAAUUAGCAGACUUGAUGCAACAGCACAAAGAGGAACUGGCCACCAUAGAAUCUAUAGAUUCGGGCGCUGUUUACACUUUAGCGUUGAAAACCCACGUCGGUAUGAGCAUAGAAACGUGGAGGUACUUCGCAGGAUGGGCGGACAAGAUCCAGGGAUCCACCAUACCGGUGUCGCACGCCCGGCCCAACAGGAACCUAAGUUUCACCAAAAGGGAACCCAUUGGAGUUUGCGGUUUGAUAACGCCAUGGAACUAUCCGCUGAUGAUGCUGUCGUGGAAAAUGGCCGCUUGUCUCGCCGCCGGCAACACCGUCCUGAUCAAACCCGCCCAGGUGUCACCACUGACGGCGUUGAAGUUCGCCGAACUGGCGGCCAAAGCUGGUAUUCCACCGGGUGUGAUUAACGUCUUACCUGGAACGGGGUCUCACGCCGGAAAUGCGAUAGCGACCCAUCCGGAAGUGAGGAAAUUAGGAUUUACGGGCAGUACGGAAAUAGGACAAGUCAUCAUGAAGAGUUGUGCAGAAUCGAACCUGAAAAAAGUGUCUCUGGAACUCGGAGGCAAAUCUCCGCUGGUAAUAUUCUCGGACUGCGAUUUAGACAAGGCAGUAAGAUUGGGGAUGCAGAGCGUUUUCUUCAACAAGGGCGAAAAUUGCAUAGCGGCCGGCAGGCUGUUCGUCGAGGACGGUAUCUACAACGAGUUCAUAAGGCGGGUAGUAUCGGAAACGAAAAAAAUCGCCAUAGGAGACCCGCUGAAUAAAUCCACGGCGCACGGACCACAGAACCACCUCGCCCACCUGAACAAACUCUUGGAAUACGUGCAAAUAGGGGUGAAAGAGGGUGCUAAACUGGUAUACGGAGGCAAGAGACUGAAUAGGCCCGGGUAUUUCUUUGAACCGACCAUUUUUAGCGACGUAGAGGACCACAUGUAUAUCGCUAAGGAGGAAUCGUUUGGGCCGAUCAUGAUCGUCAGCAGGUUUAGCAAUGGCGACAUCGACGGGGUGAUCAAACGGGCGAACGCUACGGAAUACGGUCUGGCUUCGGGCGUGUUCACCAAAGACAUUUCGAAAGCGUUGCGUUUUGCGGAAAAAAUCGAGGCCGGAACAGUUUUCGUCAACACUUACAACAAGACGGACGUCGCGGCGCCGUUCGGCGGGGUCAAGCAGAGCGGCUUCGGCAAAGAUUUGGGACAAGAGGCCCUCAACGAAUAUUUGAAAACCAAAUGCGUCACGGUCGAAUAUUAAGGGAGCCUUAAAAAG